AUGAGGAUUUAUUAAUUAUCCCACAAUUAUUUGUUUUCAAAUCAAAUACAUUAUAAUUAUGAAGUCAUUAAUAAAAAUAAUUUAAUGAGUGAAAACUAUAAUUUUUCUGAUUUCGUCAAAUUUAGGAAGGGUAGUACCUUUGGCAUAGGAAAGAUAGAGAAUUUCAGUCGCGAAGAGGAUUGGUUCGAAUAUUUCGAAUACAUCUUAAGCGAAGAAUUACCAACAGGUUGGUUUAUAUAUUGUAUAUUUUAUUGUAUUUAAAUAUUACACAACACACAUUUUCCAAUAAUCCUUAUUAUUGUGUUUUUCUUUUUUAUUAAUUUUUAUUAGGUAAACAACCACAUCAUGGAUUAUUAAUUGAAGAAAGGGAAAAUGACUGAUAUUAUUGAAAAAGUCCAAUUAAGUAAGCUCCCCGAAUAUGUCCAGAUGACGGAAAAGAAAGGUUAUGUGAUGAGACAAUAGUUCAUAUCCAAGGAUCUGAUGCCUCUAUUAAAAUAGUGUUUUUGUGGCCAAUAUGUGAAUCCAGAUUAGGUUCUUGUGCUUUGUACUUCAUGUGAAAAGCCUUUUCAUGCUGAAUGUCUAAUUAAAUAGUUUGAACAAGGAAAUGCUAAUUGUGAUUCUUGCAGAGAAAUUCUCUCUAACCUCCAAAUUACCGAUCGUAUUAAAGAUGCAUUGUAGACCAGGUCAUCUACUAUUGUCAUCUAAACCAAUCAACAAAAGACACAUGAACAAAGGGCUAUUUAAAUUGAAGAGGAAGAAGAAGAAUAAUUAGAUAGAAAUGAAAAGAGAAUAGAUUUAGAUAAGAUUGUCAAAAAAAUCAAGACUAAAGAUGGUCAAAUACAUUCUAAAGUGUAAAUAGUAAAGUAAGAUACUCACACAAAUGGAAAUUCUAGAGAAAAGAAUUAAACACAUGAAGCCAUCCCAUAAGCAAAUCCUCCUGAAUAGUAGAAACAAUAAUCAUUACCAUUUAAAAACAUAUCAGCCCAGGCUGUAGAAAAAAUGAAAAGCUGGGUUGAGAGAUAUAGAUAAAUGGAAUCCAAUGCAUCAAAUUUUGAAAAGAAGAGAUAAGAAGUCAGAGAAAAAUUCUUUUCAGUCAUUUUUUAUGGCAUAGAAGAAUUAAAAGAUAUGUAUGAAAAAGAUCCUAAUUCUAUCACACAAUUAGAAAAGGAGAUUAUCAGUAAUUCUGACACAGCCUUGUUUUAAUAUAUUAAGAAUUUAGCAUUAGACAUUGAAGUUUACACUCAUAUUAAGUUUAACACAUAAUACAAGACAAAAUUAGAGCCGCUCUAUGUUGAAAGAUGCAAACUCAUUUAUUUACACAUGAAAGAUGAUAAAAAUUUAGAAUUGCGAAGAAAAGUCAUCUCUAAAGAAUUUUAAGCCCAAGAUUUGAGUACUAGAGAUGAAAGAGAUCUUUACAAUCCAGAAAAAAGACGAUAAACCCAAGAAAUAGCUAUGAGAGUCAUUGAACUUAAUUAAAAAGAUAAGGAUGAAGAAUAAAAAAUCAUCAAAGAUAUUGAAGAAGUAUCCUUUUCUAGAAAUUAAUCUAUAAAUGAAGAAAUUUAAAUCACUACUCAAAAGAAGGAUGGUCAUUCGACUAAAAAUCUAUUAAAAGAGAAAAUGAUGGAAUAUUCAGUUGAAAAGUCUAUCAUGAGAUUUAAAAAAAGAAUUGCUGAUGAACUUAAUGACAAGGAACGUUUACAAAUAUUAGCCAGCUUAGAAUAGUAUCAACUUCAUUAAUGA